CAGACGAACGCAGUGCAGUGGAUUCCACAUUUUAGUUGUCCGGUGAUUGAGGCGUUUGCUUUGGUUUGGUUUUGCGACGCUGGACCAAUAAUCAAACAGACUUUGUUAUUUUUUAUCGUUUUGAGAAAUUUUUGUUAAUUGAUUCACUGUGAGUUGCUCGCGGGUGCCCUGAUGUUCGGGAAUAUGAGGGAGAAGGAGGAAUUCUCCAGGAAUUUACCUCCCGUCAACAACAAUGAGGUGCCAUCGCCUCGAGCACUGGGGCUUGACGCCCUGCACAAUGUUUGCAAGGAGAUUUAUCCGGAUCAGUUGAAUCCACUCACUGUUACUGCUAUUAUUAAAUACUGGCUGGGAGGGCCUGAUCCUCUGGAUUAUAUCAAUAUGUACGAGAAUCCAGGAUGUCCAGAGCAAGGAGUUCCUCCUCAUUGGCAUUAUAUCAGUUUGGGACUGUCUGAUCUCCAUGGAGACGGCAGACUCCAUCCGAAGACUGGUCCAGGUCGUCCAAGUGGAUUUGGAUUCGAAUUGACAUUCAGACUGGCCAGGGAACGUGGAGAGACAACUCCACCCACUUGGCCUGCCAAUGUCAUGCAACAACUAGCUAAAUAUGUAUUUAAUUCUGGGAAUAUGUUGUUUCCUGGGGAUCAUGUGUCCUGGCAUGCACCACUGGGCACCGGCAGUGGGAGGAUAACACAGAUUUUGAUGGGGAAGGAUCCACAAUUGCCUAAUAAUAUUAAUACACCACAUGGAGAGGUAUCAUUCAUCCAGAUAAUUGGAGUGACAUCGGAGGAGCUACAGGCAGCUCAGCACUGGAAUGGUCUAGGUCUUGUUAAUUUAUUGAAAACAACGAGGGGCUGUGGCCCAUGGCUCGUCACCGAUACCAACAGGAUACAUUCCAUCAUGGAGGAGGAUCCAACAGUUGCUGAGAAAAUACAAACGGGGAUCGAGAGGGAGGGCUCCAACUUGAGUGGAGUGUCCGCCAAAUGUUGGUGGGUUCAAAUGACGAAUAAUAACAGUGGAGAGAGCUACAGAGAGAGAAAACCAGAGGAUUCUGACGACGAAGAGGCUGACAAUUCCUGCGAUAAAGAGGAUAACGACGACGACAGCAAUUUGCGUCCUCGAGAAGUUGUUAAAAUCGAGAUGCAUUCCCCCAACGAUCCGCAGAGGGAAAAUCCCUCGAUGGACGAUGGAUUCAUCAUGAAACCUCUCACUGGACUUCACCUCACUUUCAACCUCGAGGCCGGCAGCCUUCUGCCACUUGCCAUUAAGGGACGCGUGAUGCAUGGUCGACAUUUCACAUUCAAGUCGAUACUAUCGCACUCAGCCAUCACGAUCGUCGCCUCGUCGGUCACUGGGACACUUGUGUCGCGUGAGAGGCCUUAUGUCGUUCAAGGCCCCUGGCUGCAGGUACUCGUACCUGAUGAACUUGCUGAGAAAAUGGCCGGGGAGUUCCAAGUAUUUAAUUCGCCGCAGCAGAUUCAACUGCCCAGGACCUUCUCAUGGCCAGAACACAAGCUCGCAAUAACAAUCGUCAGUGAUUGAUCAAUGAAGCAAUUGAAAAUCUCACGAAUGACAUGGAGCGAAUAUCAAUUAUAAUUGCUCGAGUAUUUUUUCAACGAAAUUAAUUAAGCUCGUAAAAUCUAAUUUAUUGGAGAAUCAUGACAUGUUAUUUUCAAUUUUAAAUAGUUAGCCGAAUGGAGAAUAAUUUAUUGUUAAUAAAAGUGCCUUAAUUGUUACGAGAUGAGAGAUCUCGUAGUGUCUCGAAUACUGUAAUUUAACAGUAAUUGAUAUAUUUAUGACUGUAAAUACGUUUUAACGCACAAAUCCAAAAAAAUCAUUGCAUCAAUUAUUAUUAAGGAUUUUUAUACAUUGUUAGGAAUAAAGGAGAUGGAUAAUAGUGAAA